AUGAAAAUAUUUAUUAUUUUUAUUUUUAUUGGAUUAUUUCUAUCUAUAGCUUCAGGAUUUGUAAAUCAGUAUGCUUACCCUAAUCCUGCAAAUGGACAUUAUUAUCAACCUCUAGAUGAUUCAAAUCCAGUCACAUAUGAAGAGGCUUUAAAUUAUCAAGUUACAUAUACUAAUAUGUCAUCAAGUUAUAAAUAUUAUUUAUUAACUUUAAAUGAUUAUGCGGAAUAUAAAUUUAUAUUAAAUCUAAUGCAUGAUAUGCUAAAUUUAGAUAUAUGGCUGGGAGCAGUUCCAAUGGAUGCCGACCAGAAUAGUUGGGCAUGGCGAAAUGGUACUGCCAGAUCACAAGCUUUCUACACCACCUACCCAGAGCGAUGCUAUCAGUUCUGUGGUGAUUUCGCAGGAAAUCUCAAUACUUCACAGCCACACCUUUAUUUCAAAGCUUAUGGAACCGAUAUGAAUUUCUACCCUGCAAGCGCAACCGACAAGAAAUUCAUGGUUAUAGAGUGGGAACCCAUACCAGAUGGACCAAUUCUUACAUUCCAAGAGAUGAACUCUCAGUCUAUAAAUGUUUUAAACUUUAAUCAGUCAAACAUUGUCAGUAUGACUAUUGAUGGAGUUGCUUGUCAAUCAUUUAAGUUCGAAGGUGUCUUAACUAAAUGUCAAUUACUCGCUAGCUUUGUAGCUUCCAGCAAAAUUUAUAAGGUUGUAUUAUCCUCAGCUACGCAGACAUGGACUACCACAUAUCAAUUCAAUGUGCCAUGGGUUUAUUCCAUCAGAAACAUACAAGGAACAGCAUAUAGAUUAUAUGUGACUGGUGCGUCAAUGGUCGCUACAGAGUCCAAUUUCCUGGUAGUUGGUACUAGUCUAAAGGGAACACCAACAAGAACUACAACAAAUUUAGGACUAGACUAUUGGGAUAUAACAAUUUCAGAUGCCUUCAACAAAGUCUAUUCCAUAAAACUAGUUUUUACAAAUGCACAAAUAUAUGUGUCCAUCAACAGAGCUGCAAUUUUUGAUAGUGGAACUCAAAGAUUCUAUAGCUUUUUCCCAAAUGUCAAUGAUUACUCUGUCGCUAGUAAAAUCAUGCAGUCUUCCACUUUGUUAUUCGAUACACCAACUCCUGCACUGGAGGUUAUUAGCGCCAGUCUCGGUAAUUUCUUCACAAGUCAGUUUAUGGUCGAUGGAAUUGCCAACUAUUGGACUGUUAUCACAACAAAUUCAACUGGAACAUACUGGAAUAACCAACUUCUUACUCUGACAAUCUCUGGUUCUGUCAGUGGCCCAUUUUACUAUUUCGAUAGUAGCUCAAAGCAAAUCACUGGUGUAACACAAACUCAAUUAGCAUCAAUAACAAACCCACCCAAUUUCCAUGUCAUUCUUGCCUAUGGUUAUGGUUCAUUGACCUUUGAUACCAAACCUCAAAUUUAUUCUGUAGAUGCUCAAGUUGGUGGAGUUGUGUCCGUUGCAAUGAGUUCUAAUUUCUUUUCAGUCGAACCAGUUCUUACCUGCAACUAUACCUUAGGUUCACCUACAGUUAACUUUUUGUCAAAAACUUUUUCAGUUCGUGCUGCUGCUGGUUCUGGAGUUAACUAUAUCAGUGUUCAAAUUGGUAAUUCUUUUGAAAACAAAAUGAGAAAUUUCACAAUUAGACAGGUUUAUAAUCCACCAACCAUUUCCAAUAUUGUUGUUUUUAAUGCUCUAGUUACUAUUACUGGAUCAAGUUUUGCUACACCCAUUAAAGUGAAUGGUGUUAAUUGUAGUGGUCCCGCUAUUGAUGCAGGUGGAAGAAUAUUAUGUCAACUUCAAGAUCUUCCUUCUACUACGUUCAAUUGGCAAGUUUCAUCUGCUGGACAACUCUCAAAUUUUUACACUUUUACAACUCCUAUUUACUCCUGGAUCACCAGUGUGCCAACCAAAGUAUCAUUGGAGCCAAGUACAGUCACAGUAUCUGGAGUCUACUUGGGAUCAAAUCCGACUUUUUUGAUUUCAGGAAGUUCAGUGCAAGGCAGAUUAAUUAAUAGUUCGUAUUUCGAAGUCGAUGUACCAGGAAAUCUAUACGCAGGUGGAUCAGUUUUUUAUAACCUCGCCAAUACUGGAAACCCCGUCAUUAAUAAUGGUGUUUUAUACUCAACCUAUACAGGUCUUACAAUUUCCAACAGUAAUAUAACACAAUACGGAAAGACGAUAACAGUUACAGGUGAAGAUUUUAAUUUGUACAACGGAAAUUUCACUUUUGUAGUUGGAAAUUCAACUUUUGAUGUUUUAUGUCAAAAACCAAAUCUAUGUAUUGCAACUGUUCCUGACACAGCCAGCAAUGGUGUAUUUACAAUACUUUCAAAACCUUCCAAUUCUUAUCUUUUUAACGAAACUAAAACUUGGACACCUGUAAUUUUGAAAGCUAUUCCUCCUAUUGUUGAUGUAAACGGAGGUAUGGUAGUAUCAGCACUUUUUAUAGAUAGAUUAUUGGCUGUUAAAUAUUAUCUUAAUGGAAAAUAUCUAGUAUUUGGAAAGUCUAGAAGCGGAUAUAAUACCACACUCUCAAACUUCCCAAAGUUUGUUGGUUCCUUCAAUCUUACUUUUGUUAAUUCCAAUUUGAAUCUCAUAUCGCUUCCUUAUGGGAUUGACUAUCCUGGUCCCAUUAUUAGCAGUGCCAUAGUCAAUCCAAAUAAUAUCGAUGAAUUACUGUUUACUGGUAGUUAUCUUGGUUUCAGUGAUACAGAUACUUAUCCAGACGAACCUCUCAGUAUUCCUGUUAUAUCAGGUCUCUCGAAAACCAGAUUUGGACCAACCAAUUACGAUGUCAACAAACACAUUUUCGACAACUUUACAGUCACUCUUCCUGAUGAUGCCAGAUCCGGUAUUUUUAGUAUAUUGGUUGGAAAGAAGUUUACCUUAGCCAGAAUGAACUUAACACCAAAGAUAGAUACCGUAACUAAAUCACCUGUACCUGGUGGCUUCAUUACAAUCACAGGAAAAUAUAUUUCACCAAUAUCUUUUGAUGGUGUUUCAGUAAUGAAAGUCUAUAUUGAUGACCAACCAGCAAAUGCUACUUUGCUUACGCAAACCUAUCCAUAUAAUGUUGAAAUCAGCAUGCCAGCUGGAAUCGGAUCCAAACAACUAAAGAUGGAUAACUCGCUAUUCAAUUCUUCUGUUACCGUCUACUAUGAAACUCCAUCAAUUUCAUCAGUUACAUCAACCUAUUUUAACACAAAGGCACCAGUAACUAUUUUUGGUUCAAACUUUGGAGUUUUCCAACCAUUCUCUGUGACAAUUGGAAACAAAUCAUGUGACAAUCCUAAAGUAGAAUCGACCCAAAUCAUAUGUGAUUUUGCAUCUGAUGUACCAAGCAAUGGUCAAAGUUUAACCGUAAAUGUAACUAUUUUUGGACAAUCAUACUUAUCGCAAGGAUUCAUUUACCUUCCGGAUUUUGUUAAAUGUGAUGGAUGCAGUCCAGUAAAUGGACAAUGUUUGAAUGGAUAUUGCAAAUGUUUGAAUGGAUUUACCGGUAUCAAUUGCACAACUGAAAUUAUACUACCAACUCAAUCAGAGGUAAAGAAUAUUGAUCCUCCAAAGCCACAGAAUGAUACAGUUACAAUGGUACUUGGUUCAGCAGAGAAGAAUGUCCAAUUCAAUAUUUCAAUUGUUUCGAUUACAGAGAGAGAUUCAUCAAGCAAUCCCGUAAAGUCAUAUCAAUUUUCAGAUAUCAAAUGGACAUCAGAGUCAACGAAUAGCUCUCUAGUAUUCAACUACAAAGGAAAGUUUGAUGGCGAUGCCAAAUUGACAAUCGAUGUGGAAACAACAGUUUUCACCAAUCAAUCAGAAUACAACUUUCAAGGAGAUAUCUUCACAGUUCAAAACAAUUCAAUGAAAUAUGUAAUCACAAUUUCCAAUUGGACAUUUGCUGAUAAACUCAACACAUUGGAACUUUCAUUCUUGUCAAAGGCAGACAAUUCUAAAUCGGUGUGUGGUGAUGAUGUUCAAGCCAAAGUUGGAGGAACAUCAAGCAACAGUCUUAAAUCAUUGAGAACAAUGGAGAUUGUUCAAGGUGAUAUCAUUUUGACAGCCUAUUUCUCUGAUAGAAUGUUGGUUGAUGGUAGAAUUGCUUACAGUAAAGUUUCACAACCUGAAACUGACAGUUCAACAGCAGGAUCACUCUUUGUAACAACAACGAUGACCAUUCAACACUUUGAGAAUCAAGCCGUUAUCGAUCCAAACUUUGGUGCUCUUUUGACAGUAAGUGAUGAUUCUUCAAGUGGUGGAUGUUCGACUUCCGAGAAAGAAAACAAAUGGAAACUACCAGUGAUCAUCGUUGGUAAAAUAUAA